AUGGCUGACGAGGUUUACGACGGUGCGAUCGGUAUCGAUCUGGGCACCACCUAUUCUUGCGUUGCCAAUUAUGAGGGAACCAAUGUUGAGAUCAUUGCAAACGAGCAGGGUAGCUUCACCACUCCCUCGUUCGUCUCCUUCACCGACAAGGAGCGCUUGAUCGGCGAGUCCGCAAAGAACCAGGCUGCUAUGAACCCCAGAAAUACCAUCUUCGAUAUCAAGCGAUUGAUUGGCCGGAGAUUUGAUGACCCCAUCGUUAAGAAGGAUAUCGAAUCAUGGCCGUUCGCGGUUGUUGAUGCUGAUGGAAGCCCUAUGGUCGAGGUUGAGUAUCUCGGUGAGACCAAGACUUUCUCACCACAAGAGAUCUCAGCCAUGGUUCUCGGCAAGAUGAAGGAAGUUGCCGAAGUCAAGUUGGGCAAGAAGGUUUCCAAGGCAGUUAUCACUGUCCCUGCCUACUUCAACGACAACCAGCGUCAAGCUACCAAGGAUGCCGGUGCCAUCGCAGGACUCAACGUUCUCCGAAUCAUCAACGAGCCAACUGCUGCCGCCAUUGCCUACGGUCUCGGUGCCGGAAAGUCCAACAAGGAGCGAAAUGUCUUGAUCUACGAUCUUGGUGGAGGAACCUUCGAUGUGUCCCUUCUUAACAUCCAGGGUGGUGUCUUCACUGUCCGCGCCACUGCUGGUGACACACAUUUGGGAGGUCAAGAUUUCGAUACCAACCUGCUCGAGCAUUUCAAGAAGGAGUUCCAGAGAAAGACCAAGAAGGACAUGUCAAAUGACCCCCGUGCCCUUCGUCGUCUCCGGACAGCUUGCGAACGUGCCAAGCGAACUCUCUCCAACGGUGCCCAAACCACUGUUGAGAUUGACUCCCUCUUCGAUGGAGAGGACUUCAACGCCCAAAUUACCCGUGCUCGUUUCGAGGAUCUCAACUCCAAGGCCUUCAAUGGCACUUUGGACCCAGUUGCCCAGGUCCUCAAGGAUGCUAACGUCGACAAGAGCAAGGUUGACGAGAUCGUACUAGUUGGUGGAUCUACCCGUAUCCCACGGAUACAGAAGCUCCUCAGCGAUUUCUUCGAUGGCAAGAAGCUUGAGAAGAGCAUCAACCCUGAUGAGGCUGUCGCAUAUGGUGCUGCCGUCCAGGCCGGUAUCCUUUCCGGAAAGGCCACCUCAGCUGACACCGCUGAUCUCCUCCUUUUGGACGUCGUUCCUCUUUCCCUCGGUGUUGCCAUGGAGGGUAACAUCUUCGCCCCCGUCGUCGCCCGUGGCCAGACCGUCCCAACUAUUAAGAAGAGGACCUUCACCACUGUUGCGGAUAACCAACAAACCGUUCAAUUCCCUGUCUUCCAGGGUGAGCGUGUGAACUGCGAGGAUAACACAUCCCUCGGAGAGUUCACCCUUGCACCAAUCCCUCCCAUGAAGGCUGGUGAUGCCGUCCUCGAGGUUGUUUUCGAGGUUGACGUCAACGGUAUCCUCAAGGUCACUGCCACCGAGAAGACUUCCGGACGCAGCGCCAACAUUACCAUCUCCAACUCUGUUGGCAAGCUUUCUUCCAGCGAGAUUGAGAGCAUGAUUAACGAUGCCGAGAAGUUCAAGACCAGCGAUGACGCUUUCAGCAAGAAGUUUGAGGCCAGACAACAACUUGAGUCAUACAUCUCAAGAGUGGAGGAGAUCGUGUCCGACCCAACCAUGGCCCUUAAGUUGAAGCGCGGAACCAAGGACAAGAUUGAGUCCGCCCUCAGCGACGCCAUGGCACAGCUUGAGAUUGAGGAUUCCAACUCGGAUGACCUGAAGAAGAAGGAGCUUGCGUUGAAGAGAGUUGUUACUAAGGCUAUGUCGACCCGCUAG